AUGACGUCACUCUCAAAGACCAUUUUGGUCUUCACUCUCAUCUUGUUCUUCUCUGCCUUUUCACAUGCCAAACAGAGCUUAGAACCAGAGAUUGAAGCUUUAAGAUCCUUCAAAAAUGGCAUCUCCAGCGACCCUUUAGAGGUGUUAUCGGAUUGGACCAGUACCGGUUCGGUACAACACUGCAAUUGGACCGGAAUCACCUGUGACCUUACCGGCCAUGUUGUCUCGAUUUCCUUGCUGGAGAAGCAACUUCAAGGUGUUCUUUCUCCAGUCAUCUCGAAUCUAACCUACCUCCAGGUUCUUGAUCUCACUUCAAAUAAUUUUACCGGCGAAAUACCGGCUGAAAUCGGGAAAUUGACCGAGCUUAACCAGCUCAUUCUCUACUUAAACCAUUUCUCUGGUUUGAUUCCAUCUGAGAUUUGGGAGCUUAAGAAUAUUGUGUAUCUUGAUCUAAGAGAUAAUUUGUUGACCGGUGAUGUUGAAGCAAUCUGCAAAACUAGUUCUUUGGAAUUAGUAGGACUUGCAAACAACAACUUAACCGGAAAAAUACCUGAAUGCCUAGGAAAUUUGGUUCAUCUCCAGAUUUUUAUGGCAGACUUAAACCGGUUCACUGGUUCGAUUCCAGCAUCAACUGGUACUUUGGUUAAUCUGACGGAUUUAGACCUGAGCGGUAACCAGUUGACCGGUAAAAUACCGAGAGAGAUAGGAAAUCUCUCUAACUUACAAGCUCUUGCUUUGGAGGGUAACUUGUUGGAAGGAGAAAUACCGGCUGAGAUCGGAAACUGCACGAGCUUGAUCGAAAUUGAGCUGUACCGUAACCACUUAACCGGAAAAAUACCGGCUGAAUUAGGGAAUUUGGUUCAGCUGGAGGCACUCCGGUUAUACGGGAACAAACUGAAUUCCUCAAUUCCAUCCUCGUUAUUUCGGUUGACCCGGUUAACCAAUUUGGGAUUAUCGGAGAACCAGUUGGUUGGACCAAUACCGGAAGAGAUUGGUUUGCUCAAGUCGCUUAAAGUCCUCACGCUUCAUUCCAACAACUUAACAGGAGCGUUUCCACAGUCCAUCACCAACUUGAGGAACUUGACAGUAAUAACGAUGGGAUUCAAUAAUAUCUCCGGUGAGCUCCCAGCGGAUCUAGGCCUACUUACAAAUCUCCGGAACCUUUCUGCGCACGACAAUCUUCUUACCGGACCAAUACCUUCCAGCAUAAGUAACUGCACUGGUCUUAAAGUCCUGGACCUGUCUCAUAACCAGAUGACCGGUGAGAUUCCGAGGGGUUUGGGACGUCUGAAUCUUACGUUUAUUUCUCUUGGACCUAAUCGGUUUACCGGAGAAAUUCCAGAUGAGAUCUUCAACUGUUCAAACGUGGAAGUUCUUAAUUUGGCAGAGAACAACUUAACAGGAACUCUCAAGCCGUUAAUUGGGAAGCUUGAGAAACUCAGGAUCUUGCAACUUUCUUUCAACUCUCUCACUGGGAAGAUCCCUGGAGAGAUUGGGAACCUGAGAGAGCUGAAUAUCUUGUUCCUUCAAGCUAAUCAUUUCAGAGGAAGAAUCCCAAGGGAGGUGUCGAAUCUCACUCUCCUCCAGGGGCUUGUGCUGCAUACAAAUGAUCUCCAAGGUCCGAUCCCUGAAGAAAUGUUUGAUAUGAAGCUACUGUCACUGCUCGAGCUAUCCAACAACAGAUUCUCUGGUCCGAUUCCUGUCUCCUUCGCGAAGCUCGAAUCGCUUAUCUAUCUGAGUCUUCAAGGAAACAAGUUCAACGGAUCUAUCCCUGCAAGCCUUAAGUCACUUUCGCAUCUCAACACAUUCGAUAUCUCAGACAAUCUUCUCACCGGAACCAUCCCUGAAGAGCUGAUAUCUUCGAUGAGGAACUUGCAGCUCAACCUCAACUUCUCGAACAAUUUCUUGACUGGAACCAUCCCAAAUGAGCUUGGAAAGCUUGAAAUGGUUCAAGAAAUCGACUUUUCGAACAAUCUCUUUUCUGGUUCCAUUCCAAGUUCUUUAAAGGCCUGCAAAAACGUCUUCUCUCUGGAUUUCUCGCGGAACAAUCUCUCCGGUCAGAUCCCAGAUGAAGUCUUCGAACAAAGAGGCAUGGAUAUGAUCAGAAGCUUGAACCUUUCAAGGAACAGUCUCUCUGGUGGAAUCCCCGAGAGCUUCGGGAACAUGACGCAAUUAGUCUCUCUGGAUCUCUCUGGUAACAAUCUCACAGGCGAAAUUCCAGAGAGCCUCGCUAAUCUCUCCACGCUGAAACAUCUCAAACUUGCUUCAAACCACCUCAAAGGCCAUCUUCCCGAAACCGGUGUGUUCAAAAACAUGGACGCGACUGAUCUGAUGGGGAACACAGAUCUCUGUGGAAGCAAGAAGCCUCUCAAGCCAUGUAUGAUCAAGAAGAGGUCGAGCCACUUCUCAAAGAGAACUGCAAUCAUUCUUGGAUCAGCCGCGGUUCUUCUUCUCGUACUGCUUCUUGCUCUGAUUCUCAUCUGUUGCAAGAAAAAGGGGAAAAAGAUUGAAAAAUCACCAGAGUCUCCAUUGCCGGAUUUGGAUUCAGCUCUGAAGCUGAAGAGAUUCGACCCAAAGGAGCUGGAGCUAGCAACAGAUUCAUUCAACAACGCCAACAUUAUUGGAUCAAGCAGCUUAAGCACAGUGUACAAAGGCCAUUUAGAAGACGGAACAAUAAUUGCAGUAAAAGUAUUGAAUCUGAAGCAAUUCUCUGCGGAAUCAGAUAAAUGGUUCUACACAGAAGCCAAAACGCUGAGCCAGUUGAAGCAUCGAAACCUGGUGAAGAUCUUAGGGUUUGCUUGGGAGAGCGGCAAAAUGAAGGCCUUGGUGCUUCCGUUUAUGGAGAAAGGAAGCUUGGAGGAUGCGAUUCACGGCUCUGCAUCAACGGGAACGUUCUCCGAGAGAAUCGAUCUCUGUGUUGAUAUCGCGAGCGGAAUCGAUUAUCUUCACUCCGGAUUUGGGUUCCCGAUCGUUCACUGCGAUCUGAAGCCGGCGAAUAUACUCCUCGACGGCGAUCGAGUUGCUCACGUCAGCGAUUUUGGGACUGCUCGGAUUCUAGGGUUACGCGAAGAUGGAAGCAUCACUGCUUCUACCUCAGUCUUUGAAGGCACAAUCGGAUACUUAGCUCCAGAGUUUGCUUAUAUGAGGAAAGUGACGACAAAAGCCGAUGUAUUCAGCUUCGGGAUUAUAAUGAUGGAGCUGAUGACGAAACAGAGACCGACAUCGGUGAUCGAUGAAGAAUCAUCACAAGGCGUGACUCUGCGUCAAUUGGUGGAGAAAUCGCUCGGAGAUGGAGAAGAAGAAGGGGUAAUUAGGGUUGUUGAUUCGGAACUCGGGUACUCCAUCGUUUCUAAGAAGCAGGAAGAGGCGAUUGAAGAUCUGUUGAAGCUUUGCUUGUUCUGCACAAGCUCUAGACCCGAAGAUCGACCCGAUAUGAAUGAGAUUCUUACGCAUCUCAUGAAACUCAGAGGAAAAUCGAUCUCAGUUCCAGAAGUUAGUGGUGAUGGAGAAGCUUAG